AUGCUCAGAGGCCUGUCGUGGGACCCCCCUCUGGCACGCUCUCCAGCGCCCCCCGCUGGCCCUAUGGGGGAGCAGCUGGGCUCGCUGGAGCGCUUCCUGGCGGCCCACCAGGCGGAGAUGAAGCGGCUGCUGGCGGGGACACUGGGAGAGCUCUGCCAGAGGCUGGAGGUGGUGGAGCGGAGGGUGGAGCACCUGUGCCAGCAGAGCUCUGCCCACAGCAGCGGAUUGGCCCAGCUGAACGGGCAGCUGGAGCGGCUGUGCAGGGGCCUGCCCACCAGCUGCACGGGUCGCGACCUCUCACCUGCACGUAGCCAAGGCACGGAUGCAGGUGUGUGGGAAGGCAAAGAGAAGACUGCCAAGCUGUCAUUGUCACCGAGACCACAUCCCUGCAGCAGCACGGUUGCUGUGGAAACUGGUCCAGUCGAAGGGAGCGUUCGAGGGUGCCCCUGGCAGAUGACGAUGGCGGCACCAGCCAGCCAAUCUACAGUCCAGAAGGGCGAAGCUGCAGCCUUGCAGGGGGCAAGCAAGCCGAGCAGCAGGGCGGGGCUGAUAAGCUCGCCGCCCUUACCGAAGAAGGCGCCCCCUACGGGCCAGUCGGAGGGAUGCCUACCAGGGAACUAUUCCCCCGUGUCGGACUUUGAAGACCUGGACGUGGAGCUGGAGAUCGAGGAGAGCAGGGACGCCGUGGCCUGGGUCCUGAAUUCCGGGAUCGGGAUCACGGACAGCGACGACCAGCAGGACCCGCCCUCGGUCCCGCCAUUGGCGCCAUCCUGGGACGGGCGAGAGAACAGGGCCUCUGGGGCUCACCCGGGGACCUGGGUGGAGCAGCCACGUCCACACGCUCAGAGUUUACACUUCGCUGCAGAACUCCAGGUGCCUUCUGAUGGUGCUGAGUCUCUGGGUCGCCCGCUCGCCCCCACAUCGCUCCCGGGUGAGGUGAGGAGUCCCAGAAAAGAUGCCCCCCUGGGUGCGUUUUCAGUUGGAGAUGCUUCCAAAACGAGGCCCCCCGAAAACCUGCCGCUCUCACCACAUUCCGUAAGAGCUGGGGACAGAGGAUCGCUGUGGCCGGGGAGGCCUGACCAGUCACGCCAAGCGACGCUUCCUCUACCCCUGGGGCUGGGCGGAGACCGGCAGACCCGGGACUCCAGCCCGUCCAGGCCCUACAGGGCAGAGAAAACCCGAUCUUGCCCCUCGCUCACUGCCGCGCUCAUGGCGGAGUCCCAGAGCACCGGGGUCCCAGGCUUUGGCUGGAUGACCUGGAAGAGAGCGGACAGGACCGAACCGAAGUGGCGGGAGAACCGCUCGGUGGCCUCCAGCAGCGACGAAGAGGAGGAAGAGGGCAAGAAGAAGAAGAAAAAGAAGAGUAGGGGGCGAGUUAAGGUGCUGCCUGGAUCCGCCGAUGGUUCUGGGGACGGUUCGUCAUCUGCGUGGACACGCAGGUUGGAAGGACCACGGUUCUGUGCCGGUCAGCCCAUUGGAAGCAGCCGAAUUGCUGAGGACAGCCAGGGGCGCGGUGAGGGAGCCGAGCGGAGGGGUGGAACAUCAUUCGGGGGACAGGAGAGGCAGUCUGGGGACACUCUCAGCCUGAGGCUUCAAGAUUCGGGUAAGCAGGCCAGCCAGCCUCUGUCCCCUGUGUCCUACACCCAGCUGAAGACCCAGCACUGUGGAACGACUGGGACGGCUCUCUCCCCCCUUCAGGAAUGCACUUUAUCCCCCCCUCUGGUGUCCGUGUGCGUGGACACACGGGCGACAGGGAGAGGGGCCGACACCCUGCUGCUGCCAUUUCACUCCUCCGGCCCCCCGUUGAGCUGGGUCUCGGGUGGCACGCCACCCCUUUCCAAACAGCCCACUCCCCGGAACGGCUGCUCCAAGUCUCUCCAGCCCCACCCCUGCGAGAGCAACUCUCUGCUCCUGCAGCUGUCAGAGACAGCCAGUCGUAUGAUGCCCCUCGGCCAAGCCUCUAAUCAGAUGUCACCGCCCUCUACUGGCCGGAGUGCGCACUGCAGCCUAGGCAACUUCUCCCCCUCCUUCACCUCCAAGCUCAAACAGCACUGGGGGAAACCCCUCCCCUCCCCUCUGUCCCCUCAGCUGAAGGAGGGCAAUCAGGCGCAAACAGAGAGACUUCCUGGACUGGACGAUGGGAAGUCCCAGCAGUGGAAGCCCCUGGUGGCCCUCGGCACCCCCCUCCUCCCCCUCUCACCCUUGGAGCUCGACCCGCCGACCCAGCCCUCACGGAGCACCCCCUUGCACCAGCUCCUGGUCUCCAAGGCUGCCCUGCCCCCAUCCCUGUCCCGGCUCUUCCGCGCCACCGCACCCCCAGUCCCCUUUCCCCUCUCCAUCCUCAGACAGGGCAGCUUCUCCAAGGCUGGGCUCCAAACCGUACUCACCCUCACCUCACCCAGCUUCUUCCGCCUCCUAGCCCAGCACAGAGGCCCCCUCCGUCUCCCAAAGCUGUCCCCCUCCACUCUGGACUGCUUCCUCAGGGGGAUUCUUAGGUCCCGGGACAAGUACCCACCUCUACCGCCCCUCGCCGACCACACUGCCCCUCCCGGCCUUGACAACGACCAUAGCUACGCACGGCGGUCCAGCCAGGAAGCAUCUCAAAACGGGACAUCUCCUGUAACGAGUCCAGUCAGAGCCCUUGACAGGGUCCCGGCCCGCCCCUCCGCGCGGCGCGUCUCCAAGCCCAGGCUCCCCCCGGAGCGGGUACGUCAGAAAGCCGCCCUGGACCCGCCCCAGCGCCACGCCCCGAGCCCCAAGUCGCUGCGGCUGGACUGCCUUCCCAGCGAGCCGGCACCCAGCUUCGCUCUGGGUCACGCCAACGUGAAGUACCCCGGCCUGCACGGGCGCACGGCGGGGCGAGAGGGGGGUCUGUAUGACAAGGGUGUCGGGGCUCAGCCAGGCCAGCGGUCCAAGAGGGUGUCCCAAAUCCGUAUCCGAAAGACGGUCCCCAAACCAGACAACAACCUCACACCCAUGGGACUCCCCAAACCAAAGAGACUGAAGAAAAAGGAAUUCAGUCUGGAGGAGAUUUAUACAAACAAAAAUUACCGCUCACCCACUCCCAACAGGAGCCUGGAGACCAUUUUUGAGGAGCCGAAGGAGAAGAACGGCGCCCUGGUGUGCAUCGGGCAGCAGAAGAGGAAGCGCGUGCUGGACUUCCCCGACUUCACGCUGCCCCGCAAGCGCCGGCCCCGGCCCAAUCUGGGGGUGCUGCGGGGCCCCCGCGGGCGCGGCCGGAGGGGCCGCCCCGACGACGCCGACCUCGACAUCAUGCUGAUCGAGAGGCUGAGCGAGCUGGAGGACUUCUUCACCCGCCAGGGCCUGGAGGACUGAGCCGGACACGUAGGGUCACACACAGAAUAAAAACGCGCGCGUGUGUGCGCACGCACAUGCGUGUUGUACAUUCUCAGUUUUCCCACC